AUGCCUCGGCCGGGCCGCAACACCUACAGCGACCAGAAGCCGCCCUACUCGUACAUCUCGCUGACGGCCAUGGCCAUCCAGAGCGCGCCGGAGAAGAUGCUGCCGCUGAGCGAGAUCUACAAGUUCAUCAUGGAGCGCUUCCCCUACUACCGGGAGAACACGCAGCGCUGGCAGAACUCGCUGCGCCACAACCUCUCCUUCAACGACUGCUUCAUCAAGAUCCCGCGGCGGCCCGACCAGCCGGGCAAGGGCAGUUUCUGGGCGCUGCACCCCAGCUGCGGGGACAUGUUCGAGAACGGCAGCUUCCUGCGGCGCCGCAAGCGCUUCAAGGUGCUCAAGGCCGACCCGCUGGCGCCCAGCAAGCCGGCCGAGGCGGCGCAGUUCCUGCAGCAGCAGGCCAAGCUGCGCCUGGGCGCCCUGGCCGCGCCCCACCUGCCCCCAGGGCCCGCCGCCUACGGGCUGGGCGUGGCGGCUCCCGCCGGCUCCGGCUUCAAGCACCCCUUCGCCAUCGAGAACAUCAUCGCCCGCGAGUACAAGAUGCCCGGCGGCCUGCCCUUCCCGGCCGUGCCCGCCAUGCCCGCCGCCUACCCGCUGCCCAACCAGCUGGCGCCCGGCUGGCCCCACGUCUACGGCUCCGGCAUGCUGGACCCCAUGGGCGGCGCGGGCGACUACGGCGCCUACGGGGUGCCCCUCAAGCCUCUGUGCCACGCCGCCGGCGGGCAGACGCUCCCGGCCAUUCCCGUGCCCAUCAAGCCGGCGCCCGCCGCCGCCGUGCCCGCGCUGCCCGCCCUGCCGGCCCCGCUGCCCGCCAUCCUCUCGAACUCGCCGCCCUCGCUCAGCCCGCCCUCCUCGCAGACCGCCGCCAGCCAAAGCAGCCCCGCCACCCCCAGCGAGACCCUCACCAGCCCGGCCUCGGCGCUCCACGCCGUCGUUGCCGUCCACUGA